AGUGUCUACGGCGUUCUCACUCUCCCCCCAUGGGCAGCGCGCACCGUCAUGAAUCCGCGAAAAGCGCCCUCUUGCGCUCCUCCACCCGACCCUCCGCGUCGCGCCUGCGCUGCUGCAUCCACUCGAGGCGACCGACCACGCCCUCGCUCCCCCCUAGGCAACGAGCGACUACGACGGGGAUCGCCAACCAUGCAACCACUUGAAGGAGCGGAGGUCAGCGUCAAAAAACGCCAAAAAAAAAGGUGCAAACGUGCCUGCCGCGGACAAAGCGAGGCGCCUCGACUUCCAGGCCCAGCGUCCGCCUCCCAAACCUAUUCCACUCUCAGCCAUUUCCACACUCGUUAAAUUACGCCACAACCCCGUCCGUUUCGCGCUCGGCUGCGUUUGAACCGUCCGUUCGGCCGCCGCCCCUUAUAAAAACGCCAAAAAAAAAAUAUUUUCUCCGCCACUCUCAAAACAUUCGAACUUGUAGGAUGCGCGCAUUCCGCGUCACCCGGACCAGUUGUACGCCGAUAUGAGCGCGAUCAGCAGCAGACCCGUGCGCGUCAGGCUCGACGUCAUCAACGCCAUCAGACAGUACUGCAUGGAGGCGACCGACAUCGCCAGGGGGAUGAAAGUCCUCCUUCUCGAUCACGAAACGACGCCCAUCGUGUCGCUGGUGUUCGGCCAGCUGGAGAUCUUGCAGAAGGAAGUGUACUUGUUCGAGAAGAUUUCCACGCAGAACAGGGAGUCGAUGCCCUACCUGCAGGCCGUCUGCCUGUUUCGCCCGACGGAGGAGAACCUCGAGCACAUCCGACAGGAGCUCAGAAACCCCAAGUACGGGUCGUACUACAUUAUUUUCACGAACUCGGUGAAGGAGUCCUACUUGAGGAAGAUUGCCGAGGCGGACGAGCUCGAAUUAGUCAAGGAGGUCCAAGAAUUCUACGCGGACUACAGGGCCAUCAACCACGAUACGUGGACGCUCAACUUGUUCGGUCCCGGCGUCUUGAGCCCGGUGUCGGUGGAGUGGCCCAUGUGCCUGUCGAGGAGCACGGACGGCAUCAUUUCGAUGCUCUUGUCGCUGAAGCUAUGUCCGUACAUUCGCUACCAGCGCACGUCGGAGCUCGCCUCUCAGCUGGCUCGGUCGGUCGAGAAUCGAGUCAGAAACUCUCCGCUGUUCCACUUGGGAAGAGCGAAAGCCAGCGCGCCGCUGUUGCUCAUACUCGACCGCAACGAGGACCCCAUCACUCCCCUCCUCACCGCGUGGACCUACCAGGCCAUGUGUCACCAACUGAUAGGACUAGUCAACAACCGCUUGGAUCUGAGCCACGUAGAAGGCAUCCAGGAAGAACUAAAGCAAGUCGUCCUCUCCUCGCUGCAAGACGAGUUCUUCUCCGAACACAUGUACGACAACCUCGGAGACCUGGGCGUGGUCAUCAAGCAGUUCGUAGACAAAUUCCAAUCAGAGUCCAAAAUUCGAGGAAGGCUCGAAAGCAUCGAGGACAUCAAAAGAUUCAUCGAACAAUACCCAAGCUUCAGAAAAACAGCCGGAAACGUCUCAAAACAUGUGGCAAUCAUCAGCGAACUGCAACACCAAAUCCAAUCAAGACGUCUACUAGAUGUGUCUCCUGUAGAGCAAAAACUGGCCUGUCACGAAGACAACAACGACGCAGUCGAAAGCGUCAAAAACAUCCUCGUCUCCGGACCAACUCCUCUCCAUCCCGACGACGCCCUCCGCCUCGUGCUCCUCUACACGCUCAGAUACGCCCAAAACCCCGCCAACCAACUAGAACUCCUCACGAAAAUCCUGUCUCGUCACUACAAAAUCCCAACCGAGCGACUCAUCCUCAUCCGACUCCUCCGCCAAUACGCCUCCCAAACCAGGCGGACCGCCUCUCUCGACCUCUUCCGAAACCAAGACUGGCUCACUUCCGUCAGGGGUAAAAUCAAACGCGGACUCAUGGGUGUCACCAACGUGUUCACUCAGUACAAACCCCUCCUCGAAAAAAUCAUCUCCCUCCUCCGCGAAAACAAACUCGACCCACACGACUAUCCCCACCUCCUCUCAGAACCAACCAAACCCCCUCCAACCGAAAUACUCAUCUUCAUCGUCGGAGGCGCCACCUUCGAAGAAGCCGCCCUCAUCCACAAAAUCAACCGCGAAUCCACCGAAUUCCAGUGCCUCCUCGGCUGCACCGGACUCGUCAGGCCAAACCAGUUCAUGAAUGACAUCCUACAAACCAAAAACGUCUAAAAAACACAUUUUUUCUGUAUAAAUAAAUUUGUUUAUUUAUUCUUUUUUCAA